AUGUUGGCGACAGGAUACAGAGCUCUGCGGCUCGCCUCUAGCUCGUCCGGAGCUGAAAUUACUGGGACUCGGGGUUCCCUGGGUAUAACGCCAUAUUCUCGUCGAUUGCCAGCUCUAGCUUCUUACUCUACCACUUCCGAGGCCCCAAAGCCGUCCGACUCCGACAAUUCCAGCGCCCAAGAGCGUAACUCAACACAAUCAACCCCUUCAGAGACCUCGAAACCCGCCGGGGACCCCAAUGCGCCAAAUGUUAAACCAGAUAUAGGCAGUCCAAAGGGCAAUGGCUCAGCGGCGGCCCCUGGCAAAAUCAACCCUUCAACCAACACGGUAUCUGGGGAAGAACAAAAACCAAAUGCUGUUCCCGGGAGAGCCCACAUCCGCCGUUUUAACUCCAAUUACACUGGGCCACAUAUGCCUCACAUGUCUAGACGAUUAGCACGCACUCAACCUCUUACCAGCGGCAUCAUCAGAAGAGUUGUACAGGGAGCCAUGGAAGAGCCCAAGGCUGCUAAAAACCAACCAAGGAUGAAGAAAGGAAAGGCCAAAAUCCCUAUCAAAGUUGACGACGAAACAUUCUAUUUUGAACCUUCCUUCCUCCGGGAGAGCUGUGACUGCGCUAGGUGCAUUCACCCAUCCACAAGGCAACGCACUUUUGAGGCAGCCCAGAUACCCAUUGGAAUCGGCGCCAAGGACGUGGAGGUUGAUUCCUCGUCAGUUAAAAUUAAGUGGCAGGAUGAUAUCCCUGGAUUCGAAGAUCAUAUUUCCACAUUCAAGAAUAGCUAUUUAGCCGACCUGGCAAAAGCCGACGUUCCCGACUCAGAUCUAAGCCCCCCUUCUCUGUGGGAUAAAAAAGCAUUCGAAAAAUCAAAUCGUUGGGUAACCUUCGAGGAUUACAUGCAGGACGGCGCGACGUUCAGUGAUGCCAUGAUGCAACUCAAAAAUUUCGGGUUGCUAUUCCUGAGGAAUGUACCCGAGGAUACUGAAAGUGUUGCAAAAAUUGCUACUAGGCUUGGACCCAUCAAAAAUACGUUCUAUGGCCCGACAUGGGACGUUAAAAAUAUACCCGACCCGAAAAACGUGGCUUACACAAAUGACGCUCUUGGUUUUCACAUGGAUCUCCUUUACCUCAACGAACCCCCUGGGUACCAGUUCUUGCAUUGCAUGAAGAAUGAGCUACCAGGCGGGGAAUCCCUUUUUGCGGACAGCUUCCAUGCCGCAAAUAUACUUCGACAAACCCACAACAACCAUUUUACAUUACUCAACGAGCGUCGCGUUGGCUUUGGAUACAAAAAUGACAACCAAGACUAUAUAAGCCGGCGGAGGACGAUAGAAAUAUCGGGAGCUUACGGGAAGAAGAGCGUCGUUCGCGUCAAUUAUUCUCCGCCAUUCCAAGUUGCUACUACGAAUAACCACAGGGCAGGAUUGAAAGUAGAUCAAUCUCACAACCAUAUAGUGCAAUCUUUAAAAGUUUUCAAGUCUAUCCUUGAACGCAAGAGCAACGUUGUCAAACUGAAGUUGAACGCAGGCGAAUGCGUCAUAUUCCAAAACCAACGAGUUGUACACGGCCGAGAAGCCUUUGCCUCUGCAGAGGGCUCGGAGGGCCGUGACCGUUGGCUACGUGGUACCUACGUUGACGAUGACGCGGUACGCUCUAAGUUUAAAUCUCUUGGUUUAUAG